GGUAUUGGUAUUAAUUUAUCCAUAGUUGUGUAGUCGGCUGCUUUGGUAAAUAGUCUGCGUUACAAAUUGUUUAUAAACAUUUACUAGUUAUGAAUGCAAAGUUACAGCCUUUGAAAAUUAUAAAGCAAACAAGCAAGCAGCCCACUGGAGCAGUUAUAUUUUUCCAUGGCUCUGCUAAGCCACGUCUGGUUCGAUCGCAUCAGCAUCUCCCCGAAUGUGCCAGAACACACAGAAACCCUAGAGACCACAGGAAAGGAUGUCACUGACUUCAUUCGCCAAGAAGUAGUCAAGACUGGCAUCCCUGAAAGUCGCAUUAUAGUUGGUGGAUUCUCAAUGGGUGGAGCGUUAGCAAUGCACAUCGGCUUCCGACUGAUGUCAAAGGUGGCAGGAGUAUUUGCUCUUUCUUCUUUUCUUAGUCACACUUCAUCCAUAUACCAUAGUCUCAAAAGCAUGCAGCGAGAGGACAUAAAAACAUUUCCACCUCUUUUCAUGUGUCAUGGUGACAGAGACAGUCUGGUCCCCCAUGAAUGGGGCAAGAAUACAUUUCAAACACUCAAACAAUUGGGAGUGGAUGGAGAAUUCCACACCAUUCCAAAUGCACUCCAUGAAAUGAAAGAGAAGGAACUGUUGCAGUUGUACGAGUGGAUCAACCGGUGCCUCCCACCCAUGUGACUGCACUUAAACUAAAAUAUAUUUUGUGACAUUCAGGUCUUAAAAUAAACAAAUCUGUUGCUUUGUACAAUUGAUGCAAGAAAA